AGUUAGUUUAUUCCCAAGAUGGAGGAUAUUGAAAAGUUUGGGAAAGUCAAAGUGUGUUGACAUUUUUAUAAUUUCAGUCAACUGGAAUUGGAUUUUGAUUGUAGAUGUAAUUUUACCUCAAUUAUUCGAAUUUUCCUAUCGUUCAUCAAGAUUAAAGGUGUCCAUAAUGAAGUAAAUGAGCAUGUCAAACAGAGACAAGAAGUUGGGUCCACCCCCACGAUGGGUGAACUGUCCUCGGAAAGGUCAUUUAGUUCAAGGAAAGUUCCUGCCUUUGAAAACUCCGCUGGAUGAUCGUUACAAUGACAUGAUACCAGAAUUCAGUGUGUUUAACCUUGAUCUUCUCUUUGGGUCCUUGAAAACUAUGAAGGUAAAAAUGGGUCUACUGAUUGACUUAACCAACACCACAAGGUUUUACAACAGUAAAGAGGUUGAGGAAAAAUAUGACUGCAGAUAUGUCAAGAUGCAGUGUAGAGGACAUGGAGAAACACCAUCGAUGGAUCAAACCCAGGCCUUUAUUCAGAUGUGUGCCAGAUUUAUUAACCAGAAACCCUUGGAAGUCAUAGGGGUUCACUGCACACAUGGUUUCAACAGGACUGGAUUCCUCAUCAUAUCAUAUCUUGUAGAGCAGUUUUCUUGGGAACUUCAAGCAGCAAUUCAGUGUUUCGCCAGAGCAAGGCCUCCAGGCAUCUACAAGCAGGAUUAUCUGCAAGAACUGUACCGUCGCUAUGACGAGGUGGAAAACACAAAUCCAGCUCCACCCCUUCCUGACUGGUGCGAUGAGGAAGAGACAGUUGAUGAUGAUGGACAGUCCAUAACACAGGCUAAUGGUAGACCAAAUAAGAUCAAAAAAGAAUUUCACAAAAAGGAUGCCAAGUUUAUGGAGGGUGUUAAAGGUGUGAGUCAGCUGAAGCUACAACCCAAGCUGUCCGAAGUUCAAAAAAAAGUGCAAGCCAUGUGUGAAUGGAAAAAGUCAGGGUUUCCAGGGUCCCAGCCUGUCUCCAUGGAUAUCCACAACCUCAACUUCUUAAAACAAAAACCUUACAAGGUCAGCUGGAAAGCUGAUGGCACCAGGUACAUGGCUCUAGUGGACGGUCCAAAUGAAGUUUUCAUGGUUGACAGAGAUAACACAGUCUUUCACAUCCCUGGACUUAACUUCCGUCAACGAAAAGAUCUCAAGUUACACCUACGGGACACUCUCUUAGACGGAGAGAUGAUUCUUGAUACUGUGGAAGGAAAGUCAGUGCCUCGGUUUUUGGUGUACGACAUUGUUAGAUUUGAGGGAAAGGAGGUUGGAAAGGUGGACUUUAAUACUCGGCUGGUUUGCAUUGAGAGAGAAAUCAUUGGGCCCCGUCAUGCCGCCAUCACCCAGGGAUUGUUUGAUAAGACAAAGGAGCCCUUUAGCGUCAGAAUGAAGCCAUUCUGGGAUGUCUCUGUCUGUAGGAAAAUUUUAGAUGGCAGUUUUGCCAGUCAGGUCAGUCAUGAAGUGGACGGAUUGAUUUUUCAACCUGUCCCUGAUCCCUACGAACCUGGAAGGUGUAAAAAUGUCUUGAAAUGGAAACCCCCAGACAUGAAUUCCAUAGAUUUCAAGCUACAGGUUGUCAAAGAAUGUGGAGAAGGAAUGUUGCCCACCACUAAGGGUUACCUGUAUGUGCUGCAUCAGCAAGCCCCAUUAGCUCAGAUAAAGUUGACAAAAGAAUUGAAGGAACUGGAUGGUAAAAUUAUAGAAUGUUCCUACAAUGGAAAAGAUUGGGUCUUCAUGAGGCAGAGAACUGACAAGUCGUUCCCAAAUAGCAUAUCCACAGCACAAGGUGUCUGGGAAAGCAUUCGUUCACCUGUAACAAAGGAACUUCUGUUUCAAGUGGCUGAAAAUGAACGUUUUAAAGCUCCCCCAAAACCACAGCAAAGAGACGAUCUGAUGCCACCACCAGCUAAGAUUCCCAAACGAUGAGGGCUAAAAGUUGAACCCAGUUAUGACAUCAUCAUCUUCAUGUUAUGACAUCAUUUUCAGUGAGGAUAUUUUUUUCUGUAGUUACCAGUGGAUUUGUGUGCCCAGAACAAAUUCAUAGUGUGAGUUAUUUUUGUGCAGUUUAAUUUGUUCCUCUAAAGACCAUUCAUUCAACUUAUUUUGCUGUGCAAAACAACUUCUUUUCAGCUUGUGGAGCAUGCCAAGGCAAAUUGAAAUAACUGUAGAUAUUUUAAAACUCCUAGUGAUGAAAUAAAGAAAGACAGACAACA